AUGCCAGAAAUAGGCAUACAUAGCAAUGAUUUAUUGCAAAGCAAUGGGUAUAAUUUCGAGUUUGAAGACAAGAAUGUAAUUCCAAUAAGUGAAGAAGUAGCUAUUUCUCCUGAAAUUAAUUUUGAUAAUACUCCCACAGAAUUUAUUUUGCCACUUAUUGAAAGUCAGUCUGAGGAGGAGAAAGUUAUUAUUCCCAAUCCCAUGCCUGAACAUAACUCGAUCCAGGGCCAAGACAUUAUCGAUGACGAUACAGCUGAGACCCUUGAUUUUGUAGAAACGAUAAAUACCACCAUCGAAACUACCCAAUUAGAACCAAGCCCUAUCGAUCAAGUGCAAAGUAACAUUACUUCUGAAAUAAAAAUUCCAUAUAAUCAAAAAGUAGAACAGGGUCUAAUGGGUGAAUUAUCUGGUUACAGUAAGGAGAAUAUCGCUAUACAAGACGUGGAUAUACAAAUUCCUAAUCUUCCUCUAGAGACAAUAUUAAUAGGAUCUGAUGAAGUUACUGAUGAGAUUAUAGCAAAUAUAUCUACCAAAUCUAUUUCUAUUGAUUCGGAAAAAUUACCAAAUACCGAAGUAAGUAUAUCCCAGAUAAAUACAUCUAACAAAUCCCGACCUUCAAUUUCUGUUUUACCUGAUGACCCAAAAGAGAAACAAAAACAUGUUAUCAAAAUGGCAUUGGAACGGUUUCCCGUUUUAUCUUUGAAAUAUAAACAUUUUCAUCUUAAUGAUAUUUUACUGUUAAUAAAUUUAUCUGAGAGACAUAAACCACCACGAGCUCUGGCGAUAUUACAAGCAUCAUUUAAG